ACAAACAGUAUUAUCAGUUUAGGUUUUUUCAAAAAAAAAAAAAAAAAGAAAAAGAAAAAGAAAACCCGCUGUCUUUUCGUGUUUAUACACAUUUCCGGUAGCGCAUAAAACGCAGCGCGCGCCAUCAUGACUAGGUCAAGGUCACUUAGCAACAUGGCGUCUAUCUGGUCCAUUUUAACACAUCUUUUAGCGAUUUCACACGUUGUUUAUUGUGCCGAUGUCGAAUUCCAGGCAUAUCAUGAGGAAACAUACAGGCAUUACUACAAUUCUGUGGAGAUUAGUCGUCGUCUUCAGCAUUUCGCUGAGAAAUACCCGCACAUUUGCAGCCGCACGAGCGUCGGCAGGUCGGCUGAAGGCAGAGAAGUUUGGGUGAUGAGGAUCACAGCUCGCACAAAUGUUCCUGGGAAACCGAGAUUCAGAUACGUGGGGAACAACCACGGGGACGAGGUGCUGUCCAGACAAGUCUUGAUCUACCUCACUGAUUAUCUCCUGAGUCAGUACGGAACUGAUCCCAGAGUGACUGAACUCGUAGACAGCACGGAUAUUUAUAUCUUACCCAGUGUGAACCCUGAUGGCUUUGAGAAGGCUGUAGAAGGGGAUUGUUCUGGCAGCAAAGAGGGCAGAGAAAACCACAAACAACAUGACAUAACCCCUAGUUUCCCUGACCAGUUUGAUCCCUUGGAAAGUGCACCUGAGGCGUUUAAAUGGUUUUUAGAGAAAAAGUUUGUUCUUGCUGGAAACUUGCAAGGAGGUUCAGUAGAGUCCAGCAACCACUUCGAUUACUCCAGUUCCCACGUUACGCCAGGUGCAUACAGACAUACGGAUGAUGACGAUGAUGCCCUCUUCCACUAUUUGGUACAGACUUUUACUGAAAACCACUCGAACACGAGAGAGGGCGAGUCGCAGUGUCCUGACGAGAUGAACGAGGAAUUGGGAAAUGGGCCAACUGCACCGUGGAGCGGCGUGCAAGGAAGCAUGCAAGACUUCAGUUACUUCAGAGGAAACUGCUUUGAAGUCACCUUUCAGCUGAGCUGCUGCAAAUACCCAUUGGCUGCAGAUCUCUAUACUGAAUGGAGCAACAACAGGGAAGCUCUGCUAGCAUACAUGGAAAAGGUUCAUAUUGGAGUCAGAGGUUACGUCAUGACCACCUCAGGAAUGGGUAUCCCGGACUCAAACAUCUCCGUUUCCGGGACAGGUCACAUCAUCACAACGUGGAUAUUUGGUGAUUAUUACCGCUUGCUGCUUCCUGGAACGUAUAACAUCACUGCCAGCUCUCUUGGGUACCUUCCAAGCACUGUAAACAACGUGAAAGUGAUCGAAGGCAAAGCUACUCUACUAAACUUCACCCUGAAGGAUUUGAGUGAAGAGGUGCUAAUACCCGGGCUUCCCACCACUCCUGUACCGACAGUAGUGGGAUACCGGUCGACUGAACAGGUUCUUGACGACCACAAAGCUUCCACACCUGAGCCCUCAGUCCAGAGACAGGCUUUUAGUCAUCGCAGUUACUCAGACGUGGAAUUGUUCUUGCAGCGAAUUAGCUCUUUUUAUUCGUCUCAUGCCCAACUGUACUCUAUUGGCCAAUCGGUGCGGGGCAGGAAGCUCUAUGUCAUGGAGAUAUCUUCUAACCUUGGCACUGAUGAACCAGGUAAACCAGAAAUCAUGUAUGUUGGCAACACGCGUGGCAGUGAUGCUGUAAGUCAAGAGAUUCUCUUGAAUUUGGUCGAGUACCUGUGCAGUAAUUAUGGCAACGAACCUUUAAUCACACAACUGGUGAACCGUACAAGAGUGCACAUUCUGCCUUCCAUGAACCCAGAUGGUAAUGAAGCUCAAGAAUAUUUCAACGCAAACGGAGAAUUCACUGGUGGUGUGAAAGACAGCGACGAUCAAAACUCUGACUUGAGUAGGAACUUUCCUGACCGGUUCCACGCGACCGAUUUUGUCCGACCAGAAACCAAGGCAGUGAUGAACUGGAUUAAGGCUCACUCGUUUGUUUUGUCCGCUAAUAUUCUUGGUGGAGUGAUCGGAGUAACGUAUCCGGAUUCGGUCGAUUCCGUUGAUGAGGCUGUAUUUAAAUCAAUCACGCAAGCCUAUUUGAAAUAUUCUUCUCCCCCGAUGCCACAGACCUGUGAGGACUCGAAGCAACUGGAUCGAAAUAAAUUGAAUCCUGGAGCCCCUCCAGGGAUUGAUCUGGAGGACUGGACGUACCGUAACACAGACACUCUGGGAGUCCGUGUUGGAGUAAGCUGUGAUCUGCAUCCACCAGUUGAAAACAUUACAGUGUCUCUGCUACACUUAAUCCAACAGGUUCAUUUUUCAGUCAGGGGUAGAGUGACUGAUAGCCAGUCCGGUCAGGCUAUUGCUAAUGCUACCGUAGAGGUGGACGGCUCCAGGCAUCGGGUCCACACCAGCAGCACAGGAGGGUACUGGAGACCUCUGGCUCCUGGGAUGUACCAGCUCCAUGCCUUCGCACCAGGGUAUUUAACACUCUCCGCGCCAGUCACGGUGACUGAAACUUGGGUGGAGCAGGUGGAUUUUGUGCUGACUCGAGAUCAGCGGUCGCCAUCUGAAACUCAGAUGGAGGAAGAAGAGUUUCGGAGCUUGGUGGAGAACCUGUCCUCUGCUCGUGGCCUUGAACAGCUUGUCCAGAACUAUCUUCCAGCCAGAACUCUGCACUACAGGAAGCACAAGGAGAGCUCAGAAUUCCUGCAUGGACUUCACCUCAGCUUUCCUCGUAUCACUCGUCUGUACAGUCUGGGUAACAGCUGGGAGUUCCGGCCUAUCUGGGUUCUGGAGAUCUCUGCGGGUCCCGAGUCGACACAGCCCACGGUGCCAAAAAUCCGGUACGUCGCAGGUGUCCACGGAAACGCUGCAGUAGGACCAGAGCUUCUGCUCGAGUUUGCAUCUGUUCUGUGUAGAAACUACGGUGGGAACCCUACCAUCACAAAGCUGAUUGACAGGAGCAGGAUUGUAAUCGUGCCCCGUGUGAAUCCGGAUGGUCGAGAACUGGCUCAGGAGGGCUCGUGUUUCUCCACAGCAGGACUCCACAAUGCUCACGGUGUAGACCUCGACACAGACUUCUCUGGCAACAUGUCCGCGCAGCCGGAAACGCGCGCGAUGAUGAAUCUGAUCGACGGAGGAGGCUUCUCUCUGUCUGUUGCGCUCGACGGAGGCUCUCUGCUGACGACGUACCCCUACGACAGACCCACUGAACCAGCACACAAUGAAGAAACGCUGAGAUAUUUGGCCUCGAUCUACGCAAGCAGUCAUCCUGUCAUGCACUCGGGUUACCCUGGAUGCGUAAAUGGACUGGAGUCAGUCCAAGGAGGAAUUCUGAGGGGUGCAGAGUUCAGAAGUCACAUGGGCAGUAUGAAGGAUUUCAGUGUGGAUGUGGGUUUGUGUCCUGAGAUCACGGUAUACACCGGUUGCUGUCUGUUCCCGCCUGCUCAGCAGCUGCUUCCGCUCUGGGCAGAGCACAGGACGGCUCUGUUCGCCAUGCUGCUGGAGGUUCAUAAGGGGCUGAGUGGCCUGGUGAAGGACCAGGACGGCCGGCCGGUGCCCGACGCGGUGAUCAAAGUGAACGGUUCGGCGUUCGUACGUACGGAUGCGCGAGGCUUCUUCCACACUCUGCUGGCUCCAGGAACUCAGCAACUGCAGGUUCAAGCGUCAGGUUUUCAGGAGCAUCUCAUGCAGGUAAACGUGUCAUCACGUCAAAAGGCAGUGCCUAUUAUGAUCCAGUUCACUGACGGCAGGAAAUACAGAGGCCAGGGAUUAGUGCUGGCUGCUGCAAUCUCCACAGCCGUUAUCCUGCUCUGCUUGCUCCUGCUGUGGCAGUUCAGCCGGAUCAGAGAAUCGGUUAGACGGUUCCGUCGUCUGCGAGGAGAUCUUCAAACGGAGGCCGUAGCGUCUGAGAAGUUGCCUCUACAGGGCAUCUUUUUAGAGGACAGUGAAAGCGAGGAUGAUGCUUUUUACCUCGACCAGCACUGAUUAAAAAUCUUAGCACCCUUGAAUUUAUGUCAAGUUUCAGUUCUCCAUUUUGAUGUUGCUAGCUUUAUCUUUAAUGUAAUACACAUGAAUAUAAAUGUGUGUGUGUGUGUGUGUGUGUGUGUGUGUGUGUGUGUGUGUGUGGAAAAAAU